GUAUAAAAGCUCAACCACGACACAAAAUUUGGGUAUCGCCUUCCUCUACUUCUCACAUCAAACAAAAAAGUUUCAGAGAGAGAAAAAAAAAGAGAGAGUAGGAAGGUCUUUGAAGAUGCAGAUCUUUGUGAAAACCCUAACUGGGAAAACCAUCACCCUUGAAGUUGAAUCAAGUGACACUAUUGAUAAUGUCAAGACUAAGAUUCAAGACAAGGAAGGCAUUCCACCAGACCAGCAGAGGCUGAUCUUUGCUGGUAAGCAGCUCGAAGAUGGUCGCACUCUUGCUGACUACAACAUUCAGAAGGAGUCUACUCUUCAUCUGGUUCUGAGGCUCCGUGGUGGAAUCAUUGAACCUUCUCUGAUGGCCCUGGCUAGGAAGUUCAACCAAGACAAGAUGAUUUGCCGCAAAUGCUAUGCUCGCUUGCACCCUCGUGCUGUAAACUGUAGGAAGAAGAAAUGUGGCCACAGCAACCAGUUGAGGCCAAAGAAGAAGAUUAAGUAGAGCGUUCAGUUGUUUGCAGCUGAUGUUCUGGUAGCGAUUUCCAUGGGUCGGUAUUUGAACAGAAGCUGUUUUACUAUGGCUCUUAGUAGGGGUAUACUUAAAAUUAGGUUAAAUCAUUCGUUCGUUUAGUAGUUUUGUAGUAGUAUUGACUCUAUUGCUUCUUCAAAUAAGGCGUAUAUUCCCUAUUAGAGCCUUAUUUGUUUCGGAAUCGGUUUAUAUUAUUCUCUUGAUGGUAAUUUUGUGUCUCGACUUAUACCAGGCAAUUUGGUUUUGACGUUUGAGUAAUGAUUAUAAAUUUACUAGUAUUUUAGACA